CCCUGUCACUACAUCAGGAUGUAGUGAAGAAAUGUGCAUUUCUUAUAUAGUUUGAAGAGUCUUAUUAUGAGACUACCAGUGUCUUAAUAUGCCUACCAGCAUAUCUUGGGGGCUAUUGUUUACUUUAAGAUUAUACUACUAGUCACAGAGACAGGAAGUUCUUUGUUCUUCUCCACCUAUGUUCUGGGAGAAGCAAACCCCAGUCAUUCUGAAUGUCGAAGUGAUGCAGUAAGGUCCGAGUUACAUAACAUUGCAGCAGAAAGUUUUUAGUUAUUUUGUGGAACAAACUACAGGCCCAAUUCGAUUGUUAUCUGAAGGUUUUACCGAAGAUAUGAAAGUGAAGUUACGAGUUGCUGAAUAAAACAGAAGUUGGUUGGACUUUAGCAAAUUGUUUCCAGUGUUACUUUUCAUCGGUGUGCCUUGUGAAUAACAACAGUUGGAUUUAUUGUUAGACGAAACUCCUUCAUAUAAAGAUUUAUGAAGGCAGCCACAAUAACAAUCGAAGUUUGUUAUUCGAAGUCGAAUAACAAGCGAAGUUCCACAAUAACGAAUGAAGUUCGAAUGACAAACGAACAUCAAUUAUAAGACUUUUUGCAGCCGUUUAAUGAACUUGUAAGCAGACCUAGGUUUAUAAAGGCCUGAAGUCAUGCCUUUAUCAGAGCCUGUAUUGCGACGUGAAACGACGACAGAGAGGAAUCCCACAUCGAAGGCUAGAAGUCUGGCUGGUGUUAAGUUCACCAAGAGCGAUGUGGAAGCAAGACAACAUGAUGCAGUCAUCAUGAAGGCUACACGUGUAGCGAGCUCACGGAUGUUUCGUGAGAGUGCGAGGUUAGAACUAGCUGUCAUGGAACAGCAGGACAGACUGGAUGCUGUAAAAGUUCAGAUGGAGGAACGAAAGAUACAACAGCAGGACAGGCUUGAUGCUCUAAAGGCUGAGCAAGAGCAUGCUAGGAGAGUCCGGAAUGAGAAACGAAAGCUAAUACAGCUGAAGCUGAGUCUGCUGAGAAAGAAGUCGGCUGACAAAAGAAAUAGAUUAGAAAGAGAGGAAGAGAGUGACAGCUCUGAAGCUGUCAUCGAACAUGUCAAAUUGCCAAAGGAACAGCCAGGGGAUUCCAUCCAUAGAUUGGCAGUUGGCGCAACAACACCUAUUCUUGAUAGAACUUCUAACCAGACAGGUUUUGAAACGAUGGCAGAGUCCAUGGCCCAUGUGCAACAAAACGUGCUAACGCAGAGACUUGCUGUUGCGAGUCAACCUCAAAAGUUGGAGAUACCUGUAUUUAGCGGCGUUGCUGAUGGUCAUGGAGCCAAGGACCGCACUGAGAGGAAGGUUUGCAAGAUUUGUGAAGGGCGUCCCCUUGCCUGUCUGCAUAAGCCAACCGAAAACCAGAUAAAUCCACCCGAGGAAGCCGCAUCAAAGUACACCAAUGUCUGCGCUCCUCAAGACCAAGAUGAACAGGAGCACUGUAUGAUUGUGCCAGACUGGGUGAGGUGCAAGGAUGAUCAACGUAAUGUAGGCUUCGUUUCGGACGAACUGUGUGAGCAGUUAGGAGUGCAGGGAACUGAUACUACCCUGAAACUCACCACUAUGCACACAACGGCCAAUGUCAGGAGCAUGAAGGCGAGCGGUUUACAGGUGUUGGACUUCAACAGGGAGAACGAGAUUGACCUACCCCCGUGCUUCUCUAGAGAGUCUAUUCCAGCUAGCAGAACCCAGAUCCCAAGGAGUGAAGGCUUGAAGGAGUGGCCUCAUCUUGAGCCAGUUGCUCAUGAGUUGAUGCCAUACAACAGGAGCGUCAAGGUAUCGCUCUUAAUUGGAAAUAACUGUCCCCGAGCCAUCCGCCCUCUAGAGGUGAUAGCAGGAGGAGAAGAUGACCCGUAUGCCAUUAAGACAGCACUUGGAUGGGGAGUAGUUGGCAAUGUCUGCCAGACGUCGGUGCAGGAGGAUGGUGUUCAAAUCUGCAAUAGGAUAUCUGCAAUUGAGAUGCAGCCAGAGUUUGCCUAUGAGAGUAAGGCCAAGGAGAUCAUGGACACUGAGAAAGGCAUCCAGUUUCCGAAAGAUGGCUACAAGGACUCAAGUGCAGAUGGUGAGCUGUACUCCGUGGAGGAGAUGGAAUUCAAGGAGAUCUUGGAGAGUGGUGCCCGCAGAUGUGACAAAGGCCACUAUGAGAUGCCAUUACCUCCGAAGUCUGCAAAGCCAAACCUUUCCUUCAACAAGCCACUUCCCUUGAAGAGAUGGAAGCAGCUGCCUGGGAGGUUGCGGAAGAACCCAAAGUUUGGUGGAGACUACAGAGCAUUCAUGGAUGACGUCAUCCAGAAUCAUGCACCGAGAGUACCUCGAGCAGUUACAGCCCUGUCAGAAGUGGACGCGAAUGCAGCGAGACCUGGCCAUCAGCGAUGUAGUCAUCGUGAAGGAGACUGCAGACGUCCAGUGGCCUCUAGCAAGGGUAGCAGAAGUUUUCCUAGUCAAGACGGACGCGUUAGAAAGGUAAAGCUCCUCAUGACUGAUGGAGCUCUGGACAGUAAUGGUAAACGUCUGAAGAAACCUUGUUACCUUGAUAGACCCGUCCACAAACUUGUGUUACUACUGACGGUAGAAGCUUAGAAUAAUUGUUCUGUUGUUAAUAACAGAGGUGUAAAAGUAAUUGUGAGCAGUCUUUUUCUUUCUAUUUCUCUUUCUUUCCAAAUCACUUUCUCACUCUAUCCCUUUUUCUAGAUUUCUACCUUUAUCUGAGUUUCAUGACUCUUACAUUUCUUGUCUUAUCUUAUAUUUGCAAACUAGUUUUGUCAUUAUCACGCAGAAGACAGUAGGGAUUCCCCCUCAAGGAGCCUUUAUCUUAUUGUUGUAUAAUAUGUUCCUGAUGUCAGGAGUGUCUUCAUUUAAUGUUUUUACUAAUUUACAAUACAUAUGAUUAUGUAUUCAUGUGGUUAUCAACGGAAGGGGUUGAUUAAGUAUACUUGAUAUACAUCUAAGUUUAACUUUGUGUAUUACACUAAUUGGGAUUGAUUACCAAUCAAGCAGUAGUUAGAGCAUUGAUGGGUUAAGUUAAUUUAUCUUAUGCAUUGUACAGUAGAUAAUGUUCAUGAAUGUUACAUGAAAGAUCGUUAGAGCUUAAUGUUGUUCCUUGGUAGUAAUGUAGUACGUCUAUCAAUGUUUUGGCGUAGUCUUAGAUUUGGAUAUUAACAGUUAUUUUAGUAAAUGUUACUAACAUUUAAAGGAGCCAUGUCACUACAUCAGGAUGUAGUGAAGAAAUGUGCAUUUCUUAUAUAGUUUGAAGAGUCUUAUUAUGAGGCUACCAGUGUCUUAAUAUGCCUACCAGCAUAUCUUGGGGGCUAUUGUUUACUUUAAGAUUAUACUACUAGUCACAGAGACAGGAAGUUCUUUGUUCUUCUCCACCUAUGUUCUGGGAGAAGCAAACCCCAGUCAUUCUGAAUGUCGAAGUGAUGCAGUAAGGUCCGAGUUACAUAACAUUGCAGCAGAAAGUUUUUAGUUAUUUUGUGGAACAAACUACAGGCCCAAUUCGGUAAGAAUACGAUAUCUAUUUCUAUAUAUGUUAUUUGAUAUAUACUAGAAUGCUAGGAUGUAUCUUAAUAUAAUCUCAGUUGAGUUUGGUAGAAUUUUAUAGGAGUUUCGUAAAGAUGAUGUUAGAUGUUGUACCUAGCUUUUAGGAGUAGACAAAGAGAUGAGUGUGUAUAAUGUAUAGUGUAGAAAGCCGAGUUCUUUGUCUUUGUCAGCAGAAGUUACAGUACAUUUAAGUGUUUCAAAGUAGCAAAGAUUCUGCUACUAUG